AUGUCAAUUAAGCCCGUAGCUAUUACGUCGCCACAACCGUCGACGCAAAGAGGUCAGACGACUCAUUUAUCGUAUGACGUUGUGAAUGAUAGAGUAGCUUAUGUCAAUGGUAAGUCUAUAAUAGUAAGACCUAGUGAUUUUAAUUUUGAAAAUUUGGAGGAAAUGGUGGUUACGAUUUUCUGUAAACAUAUACAUCCUACGAGUGCAGUUAGAUUCUCACCUUCGGGCUUUUAUAUUGCUUCUGGAGAUACUUUUGGUCAAGUCAAGAUCUGGGAUGCUUCUUUGAAACAAGGUCAAGAGGUGUUUGAACAGCCAAUGGUGAAAACCGAGCUUCAAGUGAUGUCUGGUGCCAUAAAGGAUAUUGCAUGGGAUGCCGAGAAUAAGCGCUUGAUUGCUGUAGGCGAUGGGAAGGAGAAAUUUGGUUAUGCAUUUACAUGGGAUUCGGGAAAUUCUAUAGGUGAUAUUCAAGGCCACAGCUCCCUGAUAAAUGCCGUUGAUAUCAAACGGCAAAGGCCAUAUCGUGCAGCUACUGUCGGUGAUGAUUUUGCAAUGGUUUUUUUUCAGGGCCCGCCUUUCAAAUUCGACAAGAGUUUGCGUGGACUCCAUUCAAAUGCUGUGCGCGACGUGAAAUUUAGCGCUAAUGGAGAGCACUUGGUUUCAGUUGGGUCUGAUAGGUCAAUUUGUAUAUACAAUGGCAAAACGGGCGAGUUGGUUAAAAAAAUUGAGAAUGCUCAUGAUGGUGGAAUAUCCUCAGUCGAGUGGGUACCUGACUCAAAUGAAUACUUUAUCACAGCAUCAGCCGAUGGCUCUUUAAAAAAAUGGGACAUCAAUGAGGGCGUAGAGGUGGAAAAAUAUAAAGUAUCAGAGCCUUGUUCCAUCUCAAGGCAACAAGUAGGGUUGGCAGUAACAAACAAGUAUGUGAUUUCCCUAAGUGCAAAUGGAGACUUGAACUAUUUCAGCCAUGAUGGAAAACUAGUUCAUGUCCUCACUGGUCAUCAGUCUCCUGUAACAAAAGUUUUAUUUCAAAAACCCUAUUUAUACAGCGGUGGCUCUGAUGGUAAAUUUUUGAAACAGGAAAUUAACAGCAAAGGACCAAAAUCUUUUCCAAUGAAUAAUAAUAAAGACCAGCAUCAUUCGAAUUACUUGGUGGAUAUAUUGGCAGAUGGAGAUUUCUUGUUCACCAUAGGUUGGGAUGAUGUACUCAAAAAAUGGGAGAAUGGAAAUGUUACAAAUUCUGUAGAGUUGCCAAACCAACCAAAGCAAUUGAUCAAAAUUGCACCAGGUAUCAUUGUGCUAUUUGAGUCAGAAAUCCAACUUUAUUCGCAUGAUCUCAAGUUGAUUGAAACGUUUAAGCUUUCUUUUAUAACAACUAAUCUUGUAUCAUUAACCGACUCCAGCUUAUUGCUAACCAACACAUCUGCAAAUACCAUAACAAAGCUCACAAUUGAUAAGGAUUUGAAGAUAAAACAAGCAGAGGGUCAACUUCUUACAUUGAGAUCACCUCCAACUUUGAUUCGAGUAUCACCAAAUGGACAAUAUGUUUCCGUUGCCGAUUCUACUGGGAAAUACACUUUACUUGACGCCAACCUUGAGGUAGUGACAACAAGAUGGGCAUUCCAUACUAGUAAAGUAUUUGAUGCGCAAUGGACGAGUGAUUCUAAAUACUUAAUCAGUGGAGGUCUCGACGGUGGUUUAUUGUUGUACUCCGUUGAGAAACCAUCAAAAGUGGUAAAGUAUCCGUUGGCGCAUGCAUCUGGAGUUUCAAGCUUGACUUGGAUAGAUUACGACCCAGCAAAGAAAGCAGGAGCUUUUGUAAGUGCUGGUUUGGACGGAACAAUUCGGACAUGGCAAGUUGAAUUAUAA